CUUUUAUUUUUUUGUGAGUGUGUGUCCUGAGAAGAAGUAGGCUUCUCCACAGAGUCUCUUCUCUCCUUCUCCUCCUCUCCCUCUCCUCCCCCGCCAGAGGUUAAGCUUAAGAGAGGGUCUAUGCUCUGCUAGGGCCCUAUUCUUUGAAAUGACUUCUAGUGAUGAUCCUCCUUUCCUGAACGUUGGUACUGAGGUCAGUGCUAAGUAUAGAGGAGCUUUUUGUGAGGCUACCAUCAAAAUAGCAAAGAAACUUGUAAAGUGUAAAAUCUCUUAUACUAAAGGAGGGACUGAAGUGGUAUCUAAUGACGUCAUUAAAGGUCCUUUGAAGGUCAAUGCCACUGUUGAGGUAAGAGGGUCUGAUGGUGUUUAUGUGUCUGGAGUUAUAACAAGAUUAACUGACGCCAGUACUUAUACUGUUGUAUUUGAUGAUAACGAUGAACGGACCUUGAAGAGAUCCUCUCUGUGUCUCAAAGGAGCAAGACAUUACUCGGCCAGUGAGUCCCUGGAUCAGAUGCCGCUCACUGACCCGGAGAACUUUGGUACUCCAGUACAUUAUCAGUCAAAGAGAGGACAGAGAAAGAGACAGCCUCAGUCCUCGAGUGCUUCUCCUGAAUCAGGUAAUGAUACUACAGUCCUCUCUCCGCCCAAGAAACAAGCCACACCUCAAGCCACACCCACUAAUAAGAAGCAGUCAGAGGAAUUCCCCGUUGGAAGAUGUGUAUUUUUGGAAAAUGACAGACGGAGGUCUUGCUGGUUACCAGCUGUGGUUGUCCCUUCUCAUUUUGUUAUGGAUGUAUCUGAAGUGUCUGAGGAUACAGUCUGCAUUAGAUCCUUUAAAGAUGGACGAUUUUAUGCUGCUAAAGUUGAUGAGUUGCAUUCCUUCUCACCUGACAAGGAGCCAUUGUCUUCAAUGCUUGAAGGAGAGAUACAGGCAAUGUUCAUGUGUAAACCAGCGAUAGAAAGAGCAAUGGCAUAUCUUGAUACUGGAGAGCUGCCCUGGGACAUGCAACUAUUAGAUACCAAAGAGUCACUGAACAGUAAAGAUGAACCAGAACCAACAGAGAACCAAACCGCAGAGAAGGAGAACUUUUAUAAAAGACUGAGACAGUUCCAAGAAGAGAGAAAUAUUGCAGUACCUCAGAAACCAUUGCUCUGCCACAAGGAGCUGGACCUGUUCAAGUUGCACUGUCUGGUGAAGGAGAAUGGAGGGAUGGAGAGAGUCACUCAAGAGCUGAAGUGGAGGUCACUCUACCUUCAACUGGGGUUGCCCCCAGCAACAAAUUCAUCCCAUAUUAUCAAACAAGCUUAUAAGAAACAUUUAAAUGCAUUUGAUAUUUAUGAGAGAACAAGAUUAGAGAGUAAGUCACCACGUGGUCCCAGGAAAAGACCUGCUGUAGUUUCAUCAGAUAAUGAAGAUGAAUCUUCUAAAGUGAUGAAACUGGAGAGUGUUGACUCCCUCACUCCCAUUGUCCUCCCUCCCCCUACCUCCAGCCCCUCCUCCCUCCCUCUCUCCUCCUCUACUGAGUCCAUGGGAGAGAGUUCAACUGCUGAUAGAUUAGUUGAAGGGGGCGGGGCCAGGGGUGGGGCUCAAGUUGAUCAAAUAAAAGUGAACGACAGGAUCAAGGUGAUGUAUGGGAAAGGAAGAACACUUCAGAACUAUGAAGCAAAAGUACUGGAGGUUGAUGGUCUAUCGUAUUAUGUUCAUUACAAUGGUUGGAACACAAGAUAUGAUGAAUGGAUUGAUAACACUCGUGUUGUGGAGAAGGUGACCACACCCAGUAAAGGAGUAUCACGCCCACCUUAUGCAAGGAAGAAACAAGCCAAGUUACGUCCAAAACCUUCAAAGGACAAUAGUGUCCAUCCAGCACCUGACUGUAAACCACAGGACACUCCACCCACUGUAACCAUGCCAACUGUGACCACACCCACUAACACAUACGAGCGACCGACUAAAGGCAAGAGGAGGCGUGUCUCAAGCAAUACUGACAACAGCUCCAGUGACACUCCUUCACCUGGUGAGUCCACUCCAGUACCAGCCGACAAACAGUCCCCCACUGAUGGCCUCACCCUCCCUCCUCCUCCUGACUCCGCCCACUCUCGUCAGAUAGACUCAUCACCUGAUACAGGCAGGAGUGAGGAUAUUCCAAUUAAAGCCCAUGUUGAUGAUAGUAUAGCAGUGGAACCUUCGCUAAAGGAGGAGGAGUCUGAGCCACCACUGGAGGAGAGAGAAGUGGGCGGAGACUGUGAUUCCUCAUCUGAUGAUGAGUCAGUCCCUGUUCCCUCUCCUCCUGCCCCGCCUACUGGUGCCCCACCCACUGAUAGACAGCCUCCUUCACCUCCUCCUACCCUCGUACCUUCUGACCACCAGACACCAUCGCCCGUAGACCCAGUGGACCCUGGACUAACAGUACAGACACCGACCGAAGAAGAAGUAUAUGGUAACAGUAACAGUGGGAUGGAGGCGGAGUCUGAAGUUAUGGACACGCCCCCUUCACCAGUGGCUCCUCAUUUAUUGGACACACUAGUGGGGAGACAGGAAGUAGGUGUGGCAGGGGGUGGAGCCUCUUCUGAUGAGAAAAUGAUACAACGUGAGGACUUGGACUUCUCCAUUGAUAUGAGUAUUUAUAAUGGUUUAAAUUCAAGUGAGCGGAUCAGUUUGAUACAAGAGAGGAUGAAAGCCAUUCAGAAUAAAUACAUGGAACUGAAAUCAGAAGUGACGUACCUUGACAGGAAGAGGAGGAGGGCCAGAAAGAGAGAGAGAGAAGUUGCUAGACUAAUGGCGUCCAGGGGCAGUGGUCUUUCAGCAGAAGAGUCUAUUAAUAAUUUAAUAUCAGCUUCUUCCAUGCAACAAGGAAUGGAUAUUGAAGCUAGUUCAUAAAAAUAUACAGUAAUUUAUUAUUAUUAUUAUUAUUAUUAUUAUUAUUAUUAUUAUUAUUAUUAUCAUUGUAUUGGUGUUAUUAGAAAGAGUAUUUUGUUUUUUCCAAAGAAAGAUUAUUAUUAUUAUUAUUAUUAUGAACUUGUAUUUCAAAUAAAUAAUAAAUUAUUUCUUUAUUGUUGUUUUUCUUAUUAUUUUCAUUCUCAUUUUUUCUGAAACAACAAUUAAAUUUUUAAAGUUGUUAU